AUGGGCACACUAACGGCCGACGAAGCCCGUAUUUUGAAUUCAAUUGCACAUUACUUGCUUGGGGAUGAAUUUUCCGACGAGAGGAUGAAUUCCUCUUCAAGUAUUGUAGUUGUGAAGGAGCGGAAAAGGCAUUACAGGGGAGUGAGGUUGGUUAAGGCUCGCCGGAAAUUUGCUGCGGAGAUUCGAAACCCUAAGAAGAAGGGUUCCAGACUGUGGCUUGGCACCUUUGAUACAGCUGAAGCUGCUGCAGCGGCAUAUGACCGUGCCGCUUUCCAAAUUCGCGGUUCCAGGGCCAUUCUCAACUUUCCUCUCAACGUUGAGUCAGGACGCUACGUCACUCCCUAUUCUACAUCUUCCUCUUCAUACAGAAUAUCAGAGGAGAAAAAGGACAUAUGA